CCUGUUGCUAUGACGACUGGGGCGAGUGGCCGGAAGCGGGGCCUACUUCGGCCGCGCGCCCCGCCCGCCUCCCGGUAGCCGUGGCUCACCCCAGGCCAGAAAUGGUGUCAGUGAAUACUUGCCUGAUGACAAAGUCUUCACUGUUUUUCUGUACUAUCUGACGUCAUGGGACCGAGCCAUCCAGCUUCCACCUGUGUUCACCUGACAUCCUGUACCCAAGAAGAUGGGACAAGUGACCCCAGGAAACUUCAGACCCAGAACCAGCUGCAGUUUAACAGGAAUGUUCCUACACAUCCAAGCAACUUGGCCAUCCGGUAUUCUUGUCCACAUGGAAUUAGAAUUGAAAAACUGAAGCACUCAUAUAAUGAAUCAUAUUAUAAAGACUCAGAUUUUAGAGAUGGUCCUGACCUAAGCAGUUCUGUUUCAUUUUCUGUAAUAUCAGAAGAGAAACUUAGCUAUGCGGUCCACCUAGCCAAAAGAGAUGUAAAACGAAGACAAUUUGAAGAACAUUAUCUCAGAAGUCAGCCCCAAAAUUCUCAGAAAUGUGGACAUACCAAGUAUAAAAUAUCUGACCACAGGAUAGAACGGAAAGACUCAAAGAAUCAAGAAGUCCAUCAACGCACCCACCAGCCAUCUGAAGUAGGAAUUUCCAGCUCAGGUGCCAAAGUGUACGUGUAUACAUCUCACCAUGGACAGUCAGAUCUUACCCUCCCAAAUUCGCCACCUACUCGUGAUCCAGGACCACAUCCACAACCGAGGAUAGGUGACCAGAAAAACUUACGUGAACAGAAAAGCCUGCUAGAAGUUCAGCGACUCCAGAAAGAAUUGAGCAGUUGUAUCCAUAAAAUUGAAGAGGUAACUAAAAAAGAUAGACUAGAAGCAGCUUUGGAUCCAGAUGAAGAGCAGCGGAUGCGUGUCAGGAGACAGGAGCAGACUGUUCGCUGUGCCCGGAUGCUUUAUGUCCUCCAGCAGCAGGUAAAAGAAAUCCAGGAAGAACUGGAUAAAUUGAGUCCACAUACAAUUAAACACACCAAGAAGUCAUGGGCAAUGUCUAGGCUGGCGGCUGCCCAUCGAGGAGCCAUUCGGGCCUUACAGAUGUUUGUCACUCAAUUUACUGACCGAGGGGAGCACCCAAUUCCUGCUCGGUGUAGGGAACUGGGCAGCCUUAUUCGUCAGCUUUCACUUUGUUCUGCCAAGCUGGAUGCCAAUCCUUCCAUCCCUGAUGUGGUUAUAGAUAUCCUACAACAAAUUGAGGCUUUGGAAUCUCUCCUGGAAAAGAAACUGUCACCAAAAAAGGUGAAGAAAUGUUUCAGUGAAAUUAAGAGCCAAUUUCCUGUUGGUAGCCAAAGGAUACUAGAAAAAUGGCCAAGGACAUUGCCAAAGAGUGAGAGGACACUCUCUAUAGCAAAGGAGACAUUUCCACAGGAAGCAAGUCGACCUUCAGUGGUAAAGAAGCUUCUUGUUGAUAAGCAUCAGCCUGAUGCAGAGCGUCCAGUGACCCCGAGGUUGGAGAGUGAGCUUGAUGGGUUAGAUGUGGAUAUCCUUCUGGAAGAAGCCCCACAUGCUCUAGACCAAACUGCAAACUUCAGAGACAAGGCAUUGGCCCUGGCAAAAACAAGAGCAGUGAAGAAGAAGUCUAAGACUGAGCAUGUGCCAUUUAGAAAGAAAGAUGUUCUGGAGCCAGCAAGACUACAGCAGGGACUGCACAAAGCUGAAAGUAGAUCAAGCCAGCCUCACAGCAAGAAUAGGCUGCAUCAGACGACAGUUUCAUCCAGGUUAAAAAUGAACCAACAGCCUGUGAGAGACCAUCGGGCACCUUGGAUACCCCCACACCCCACCUCUCCACCAGCAUCUCCUAAAUGCGCUGCGUGGCUAAAGGUGAAAUGUAGCCCCAGAGAUGCUGCAAAAGAACAGUCUCUCCAGCAAGAAUGUGCACCAGAGGAAGGUCAGCUGAGGGGUGCCAUAGAGCAUGAGGCAGCCAGGCUCGCUUGGCUUGAUGCUGAAUCUUCCAAAGGGUUGAAGGAACUAGAAGACUCAAAAGCCAAAGAAAUGGACAGAAUGCAAAAACAGAGGCUCACCUGGCUUGAUGCCGAAACUUCGAGGAGAACAAAGGAAUUGGAGGAAUUAAAAAGUGAAGAAAUGGAUCGAAUCCAAAAAUUAAGUGUCUCUGCCACCCAGUUAGCAGACAAGGUAGAGGCGGCAGUUCUGGAGCGUUUGAAGCCCCUCUUGGUCAAGGCCCAGAGAGUUAAUUCUUCUGUGGAAGCAAAUACUCCUUUGAAGGAUCGUCCAUCAUCAAACACAGCAGCAGCCCAGCCUGCAAAGCAGGAUACAGCAGUUAAUUCUGAAUUCAACAAUAUUCAUCAGCUGGAUAACUUUUUGGAAGAUGCUGCUCAUGAGCUCUGGGCUAUGACUCAUGAUAAGAUUUUGGGGUCAGAAACCUUGUGGGACAGCAAGGACAGCCCAAAUCUGGAGACCAUGAUGCUCCGGAUGGAGGAAAUGGAAAAAUAUCAGGAGACAGUUCGCCAAAGAUACAGUAAAAUUGUAUACGCUGAUCCUCAUGUAUGGAAGCAGGAAGAAAGAAAUGAUCAGAAAACCCCAGCAGUAGGUGAAGGGUCUCUGCCUUCUGUAAUCAGGAUCACAAAGACAGCAGUUCAGAAGGACCCAGCUGUUAACAUCAUGUUAGAAAAGCCCUGCAAUGCCAAUUCCUUGGAUGACAGUGUAGAGACAGAGCAAUCAGAGAGAAGAGAGACUCCCCUUCCGUCCCGUGCAGAAGACUCCCAGCAGAGAGAAGGCUGGACUUUCCUGUUUGUCCCACCCAGCAUGCGGCACAGCAUUGGCGACUACUGUAGCCGGUUUGAGCAGUACCUCCGGAUCAUGUCUCAUGAGGCCGUAGGCUCCUUCAACCCAUGGCUGAUAGCUGAAAGCUUUUCUGAAGAGCUGGUAGAUGAAGCCCUGGGGGCCGUGGCUGCGGAACUUCAGGAUGCAUGUGAAGACUACGCAGAAGCUGUGUUUACCUCAGAAUUCCUAGAGGUUGCUGCAUAAAGGCUGUCGACACAGGGCUCCUCCUGUCACACUGGAGAAGGGACACACCACUCUGUGCCGAGCCCACGGGAAACCUUUGUCCUUAGCCUUCUGUCCAGGCCCAGAAACUGGUGCCUCCAGAAGGAAAGAAAGAAGAAAGGAAAGGGAGAGGGAGAGGAGAGGGAAGAGAUGCCAUUGAGGUCGGUCUCACUGUGUCUUCUCUCAUUGUCAUAGCAGUGCUUCUGGAAGCCUCUGGUGAGAUGUGCUGGGCCGGAGAUAUAGCUCAGCAGCACAAGUGCCUGCCUGGCAAGUACGAGGUCCAAAGUUCGAUUCCCAGUACCAAAAAAAUAAAAAUAAAAAAAAAAGAGAUGUGCUUGAUUUUAUCAAUGUCCAGGAAAUAUGAAUCAAUUAUGACAGUAUAAUACUUGCAAAGUGUACAAUUUUUCUAUUGAAAUAUGUUUCUGGCUCAGACUGCUGAAAAAUGCUUUGAAAGGCAACAGAUAAACAUGUUUCACGGGGCUGGGGAUUUAGCUCAGCGGCAAAAGCGCCUGCCUGGCAAGCGCAAGGUCGUGAGUUCGGUUCCUGGUACCGGAGAAAAACCAAAAAAAAAAAAAAGAAAAACAAAAACAAAAACAUGUUUCACACAGGACCGAAGGUGCUGUUGACCAGCGGCAUCAACGCCCACACGAGUGCAGUUACUGUCCGGUCCCAGCACCUGGCUCCUGCUUUCCAGCUUUGGCUGUAUCCUGUGAGGACACCUGUCCCCUCUGGGUUGCAGGUGCACGUGGAGCGCAAAAUUUGGUGCUGCUGCCAAAGCUCUGCACCCAGGCAGCUAAAAGUAGGAACCCACCGGUGCAUGGUGCCAAACACCCCUUCCUUUAAGGUCUGGUCCCUGAAUCACUUUUCACAUGUUCAGUUCCUCAAAGUCUUACUGCUGUGGGUUGACACAUUCUGGUAUAAAAAGGUUUCUCAGCAUUCAGAGGAAGAUACAAGACACCAGGAAAGGACCAGGCCUUCUGUCUGCCAGGUAGAGGUAUGAAGCUUUCUUGGUCUCCCCAGAGACUAUCUCCUCACCGAGGAGGGGCCUGGAGUGAGAGGAGGGCAGAGCUGGGUAGUGUGGAGACGUAUGGGUCUCCCCAGAGGAAGGAAGACACUGAAGAGCCUUGAUAGCUCUGAUGUCUUAGAGGUCAUGGUACCAAGGGAGAAGCCUCUGUUUUCAGAAACUGAAUUCAGAAAAAGAAUAUGCACAAAAAGAAGGCCAGUGCCUGGAAGAAGUUUCCCUUCAUUGCCUGAGGCUUGGUGAAAGAAAUGUGAGAACAGACUACGUGAGACAGACCCCCAGGAGUAACGGGAACCUUGUGACACACACAGUGUUGUGUGGGAUUGUUUCUAAAAUACAGGUAUUUCAGGUGAUACUGUAGACUGCUUGAUUGUAUGUAUUUGUGCAGAAUUGAUUUUCAUUUAAUGGUAAUGUUUUCCUGCUUAAUUCUAUGUGACUUCAGAAUGUAAAAAGCUUUGAGAGGAUUACAGGUCUUUAAUCUGAAGCGUUAAAUGUGUGCACUUGAACUGAGAAGAGACCUGUGAUUGGUAGUGAAAAGUCAUUUGUGUGGCAGUUCUCACUGUGCUGGUUUUUUAAAAAAUAAAUUCAAUAUUUUAAAGUAUA